ACACGAUGCCUGAAGGAUGGGACAAACAUGAUCGUUAUCGCUAUCGUGACGAGACAUAUGUUGCAGACGACUACGUAUGUACUCCCACCUCGACCGUGAUCGCCGCCGUACUGACGCUGUUGGUACUCCUGUGUGCCAUAUCCGCCGGCUUCGUUUUCUUUUACCGGUCCAAAAAGCGUCAUUGGCAGAAAAUGGGAAGCUGUGAACCCUUCCCUAUUCCACCACAGCCGAAGAGCCAAUUCUACAACAGUCCAGAAGUUAUGUUCCGAGCCGCAUACGGGGGCUUCCCUGGCCAGUCCAACAUGGCAUCCAACAUGGCAGCUUUUGGCACUCCCCAGGCACUCUCUCCUAUGCACGAGGAGUCACCACAGUACAAGGAAUAAGCUAGCCCGCGAGCCUCCGCCUUGAGAGUGUAAAAGAAGGAAAAAAAAAGUAAAAAUGAUAUAUAUAGCUGAGGUUACGUUUUUUUCGGGAAUACUUUUUUAUUUUCAAAGAUUUUCAUGUUUUUAUUUACAUUGUUGUAGGAGAAAGUGUUUUGUCGUUUUAUGAAUUUGGUAUUUUAAUUUAGUUGUUUUUUUCGAAUAGAGAAAGAAGUUGGUAUUUGUUAUUCCCAUAAAAAAAUGUUGGUGUUUUCUAUAUUAUCCAAUUAGUUUAUGCAGAACUUUUACUGUUGUUUUACAAAUGAAAUAAAUAAAAUUACAAUCAGUAUAUAUAUAGAAGAGAAUCUAAUAACGUGGUGUGAGUUGGAAAGGUGUGUAAAUAAAGAAGGAGGGAGUACGGACACAUUCUUAGUUUUCUUACCAUUUGGAAGAAAACUUCACAUUUCCUACAUAUAUAUUUUUUCCACGGAGAUUUGUACAUAUAGAAUAGCUCAGGCUUUAGGGACGUUCAGCUACACAGAUCUCUUUCUUUUUUUUUUUUGUUUGCAAAGGGUUUCUACGCUUUUAAUUAUUCUCUUUAUUAUUAUUAUUAUUGCUGAUGUUAUGAUUUCUUUCGUUUUCUCUUCCCGUCGCCAUGUUCUGCGUCCUUUGGUCUUGUUCGCUUCAGGAGAAACUUCUUCUUGUAUCUGCUUUGUGUUUUGGGUUUAGAUAUAUUUUUGUGCAUGCAAGAUGUUACCUUAUCUUUUUAUUAUUAUCAUUUUCGCAUUGGGUGUCUCUCAACCGCUCUUUUUUAUUAGUUUUUUUCGUUACUUUUUGUGGAACAAGACACGCAUGAGUAUAUCACAAUGGCUGUAUAUUUUUUUUUCUUUCUCUCCUUAUGUUAUCUCUGAAUAUUACGCUGGUUUGGUGUUUUUUGUCUCAUUUAACGUGUUUUUAUCGCAUGAAAGUCGUCUUUAAAUGUUUACUUUUCAUACCAAAGACUUUAUAAUUACAGUAUGAUUUUUUUUCUUAUCUUUCAGUAUUUUGGAAGAUUUUUUUCUAAGAAUUUUCUAUGAUACAGCGAGUGAUUCCAGUUUGUGGGUUGUGGAAAAUUGUUUAAUUAAUUUGAAAUGUCGAUACUUUUGCCUGGAUUCUGAUAUGAUGGCAUGUUUUUUUUUCUGUUGACCUUUUUAAUCUUUUGUCUUGUUUCUUUAUUUAUUGGCUGUUCUCUCUUAUUCUUCCGUUUUCACUUUCUAUUUGUUUGUUGAUGUGUAUCUCUCUCUCUCUCUCUCUCUCUCUCUCUUAUAUCAUAUCAUCUCUUGUAUCAGCUAAUUAUCAGAUUAAAAUUCCUUCCCUUUUCUCUAUUUUCUGUUUUUAUCUCUUAUCUUUUUAUAUCCUUCCUACCGCCCAUUUCUUCUUUCUCUUUCUGUCACUCCUUCUCUCAAAAGGUUUGAUUGCCCUUGUUAGAUGUCAUGAAUAUAAUGUUUACAAAUGAUAACAAAAGGGAUAGUUGUUAUAAAGUUUCGUAAUGACAAUAAUCUUUUUAAUCUCGAACGGUCUUGAAUGAAUUCCCAGGAUGCUCGUCGUUAUUUUAAGUAUUUUAAGUCUUUUAGGUUUUAAGUAUCUUCAGUAUUUAAAGAUAAAUAAAGCCCUUUUAAAACUUUUUGGGGGGAGAUUCUAACGAUCGUACAUAUAAACAGAUUUCAGUGAAAAGCUGUUUUAUUGGUACAGAUUAUGUAUGUUUGUUUUGUAACAGCUUGAUAUUAUUAUUAGAUGAUUUGAUACCACGUUUAAUUCGCGCUGUUUGGUGAGGUUGGCAAAAAAUAAAAAAUAAAUGUGGGUAGGUCCGUUGUCCCUUGCGAAAACGCGGCGAAUUGCGCGCUUAUAUUUAGUUUAUACUCAGUUUCAGUCUUCAAUUUUUCCUUUCUAUUAUAAGUUUAAGUUUAAGCCAUAUAUAGGAUUUAUUUUAGAUUUAAAAGUUAGCUGAUUAUUGCAUUUAGAACGAAUGUGAAGCUUGAUUUCCUUUACAGAUAUUUUUUGUGCAAGUUAUCCCUCUCGUAAUGCUUGUUUAUUUACCUUUUUCUGUUUAUUUUUUAUCAUUAUUAUUUUUUUUACAGAAUAGUUUAUCAAGCAUUUGCUUUGUGCUUACAUGGGAGUCAUUCUAUAUCUUUUAAG